UUUAUUCAAUAUUAAAUCUAUGUAUUUUAUAUAACUUUUGAAAUUACAUUUUUCCAGUUUUUGUUUUUGCAUAACUUUUCCAUUUUUACUCUAACCAUCAAACUUGCAGUCUCCUACUUUCCCUAAUUCCCGAAGGGUUAAGACAGCUCUUAAAUCCCAUCAUUCUGUCUAUAUUUGUGUGCAUAUGUAUGACUUGUGUGUUUGGAGAUUGGGGAAGUUAGUUGUCCAUGUUUUUCUUUUUCUUUUCUUCAUGUAUGUCUUUUUUGUCUAUGUCUUCCUUCUUCUUCUUAACAAUUUUGACUGCAAAAUUCUUUAAAAAUAAAGAUUGCCUGAUUAAUCAUAUCACUUGGUUAGGGCUUAAGUAGGUUGGUGUUGGACUUCACUAAACCGUUGCAUGUUGUCAUGCUGUGGUAGAUUUCAAUGAUGGUGACCAUGAAGGUGGUUGGCCUGGGCAUAGUGGCCCUCACUGUCAGCCUGGAGCUUUUCGGCUGGUUCCUCAGUCGUCUCAGGCCGAGAAGAACCCUCAAUGAGGUUCUGUUCUUCCCCUCAAAGGUGGCAUGCGUGGAGCACACUUUUACUCCCAAUUCACAUCAUUCUUGUUGCUGCUCUUUGCCUCACAGCGUAGAGACUUCUCUUUCCCAUCUUCUCCGUCGCAUCCUUUCUGCCUCCACCUCUCUGGACGUGUGUCUUUUUUCUUUUUCUAACAUGGAUCUGAGUAGGGCUGUGCUACUGCUGCACAGCAAGGGUGUAAGCAUCCGAGUCAUUUCUGACAAGGACUACUCCGCCAUUACUGGCUCCCAGAUAGGGAUCCUUCGCAAGGCUGGGAUCUCCGUGCGGUGUGAUGGCAGCUCCGUGCACAUGCAUCACAAGUUUGCGGUGGUGGACAGCCGGCUGCUCAUCACAGGCUCCCUCAACUGGACGCUGACAGCAGUGCAGAACAACAAGGAGAACGUCCUCAUCACUGAAGAGCCAGACCUGGUGAAACCGUUCAUUCAGGAGUUUCAGCGGAUAUGGCUGCUCAAUGACCCUGCCCAAAACUACCAGAACAUAAAACUAAUUAGCACAGUUCAGGAAGCGUAGACAUUAAGGGUUUAUGUUACAUUUGUUCAGGCAGCUUGGCAAAAAGCACCUCAAGGAUUGCUCAGCUUUUGACAUGAAGAGAUUGUGUUGACUUUUGUUUUUUUGGACGAAAUUACUCUUACUAGAGGAGAUGACGGAAGUUUUAUGGCUAUUGUUGUAUUUGCAAUUAAUCAGGCCAAAUCUAUAUUUAAGAGUUCCUAGUUUUUACAUUUUUCCCAUUGCUCAUUGUUCCAUUGGUCCUUUUGCACAGCAGUUCCUGGACAAUCCUGACCAUUACGUUUGUGCUCAUGUAUUCAGUCCGAAGUCCGAAAUGGUGUUUGUGUUUUUCUGUGAGAAUUUUAUUUUCUUAUUAACAUUAUAUCCUUUCACACAUUACCUCUCAUUUUAAAACUUUGUGAACUGGGCUUUAAAAUCUAUACUUUUCAUUCACGGUUGUGGCCCAGUACAAAUGCAAUACUGUGUUUGCAACUUUGAUUUAAAUUAGUGUUUUUCUUUGAAUUAAAACCAGUCUACAGAUUAUGUUCAACUGGUUUAAAUAAGCAGCAUGUUAUUGUAUUAUUUUUGUGUUGUUUGGGGCUUUGACUGCUGUUGCAGACUGUUUUUGAAAAAGUCCAAAUAAAUUCCUUUGUCACACUGUGGUUUAGCAGGUCUGUUACACCAGCAGACUAUUUUUUUUUUAAAAGUCUAAAUAAAUUCCUUUAUCACACUGUGGUUUAGCAGGUCUGU